AUGCUGAAGAUGAAGGUGAAGUUGAACUUCAAGCUGCUGAGCAGCAACGCGUCGUACGACAAUGUUGUACGUGCGGAAGCACUGAACACUUGCGGCCUGUUUGCCCUUUGCGUAACAGCGUCAGGCUACAAGCCAACGUUCAACCCCGAGCCAGGAGUCUGGCAUGGCACGGGGAAAUGCCGACGCCCAAUAGGCGCGCGGCGCCCUACUGGGGAAGAAUGGGUUCUGUUACGCAUUGAGGAGGUAAAGUUAAACAGAGCUUAG